GGGCGGCGUGUACUUUGGGGGGGUCGUUGAUUGAUUGGGUCAGAAAGGCCAAGAAGCAGGAGGUGUAGUUGGGUACUCGUUGAUUUCUUUCGGUCAGACCGGCCAAGAAGGGGGGGUGGCGAGGUAGGCGGAGUUUGAUUGAGUCGGUCAUAAACGGGCAACACAAGAAGGAACCAUGGACACGUUUGUCGAUGUUUUCCUGAACCUUGGGGAUGCCGACGACCUGGUUAAGGUCACGGAUGAGCUCGAUGUAAGCAGCGGGCCCUGGGCAUUGGCUUCCCCUAAGGGCUGCCCUGCUGACUGCAACGACGACGAUGGAGAUAUCUUUCUGAAUACCGAUGACAUGGACGGAAAUGACCUCGCUGAGGCAGAAUCAACCCCCUUUCUAGAGUUCGGUGAUAGGGUGGGGGGGGGGCUUCUGUUUGAUCGACAGAAGGUUGUUUGUGUAGAAGGUGUGGGGGAUCAAGACGGUGACAGCAGCAACCCUUAUCCUUCUUGUUCUUAUCCUUAUCCCAACUACAGUCUACGGAUUGGACCACGUGGCGGGAUUAACCGCCGCAUUCAGCUGCCGCAUGGGCGGUUGCCGUUCACUCAGAGAAGUUUCGGUGAAGAUUACUCUGACGAACUGUUUGAAGAGCUGGGGGGAAGAGAUGGCAGCGAUCCCGACGGACCGCUUGGUCCUUCUUGGAUCCAGGGGUGUCAUCAGACCAGUAGCAGUAAGACGGCCGCGAUCCCGACGACGACUACCGACACCUUGACCUCGGCGGCCUUCAUGACGUCACCCACCGACCUGAUGAAUGCGGCGGCUGCGGCGUUGGGGGCGGUGGGGACGGGAUCAUCGGCAGAAGAGGGGGGGGUUGUUGCCAGCGAUCCUUCCUCCGCUGAUGACAGCAACAGACAUGACACAGCACCGACGAUGUUAGAAUGCCAGAUGGAAGAGGAAGAGGAAGAAGGAGAAGAGGAAGAAGAAGAAGAAGAGGAGGAAGAGGAGGCGGCCUCGUCUGGUAGUAAGAGGCAGGAAGAGGUGUUGAUGCAGUUCUACAUCCAGGACGCAGCAGACACUGUUGGAGCAGAGGAGGAGGAGGAGGAGGAGGAGGAGGAGGAGGAGGAGACGCCGGGGGGAAGAAAGACGCAGAAGAAGAAGAAGUCGAAGAUGGCGACGAAGAAACGAGGAGAGGACAAGAGACGGGAGGAGUACGGAAAGAAAGAGAAAGAGGAGGAAGACGUGAGGGGGGAGGAGGAGGAAGCCGAGGAGAGGCAGCAGCAGCAGGACGAAGAGCAGGAGCUGGAUGACGGAAGGGAGGAAGAGGAGGGCCCCACUCCAACGACUGCUGCCGCACCGAAGACCUCGUCGUCUUCUGCCAAAGGUAAGAAGAGGGGGUCGUAUAACUGUGGCAAAUGCGGAUUGCCUAAGAAAGGACACGUAUGCAUUAGCGCAGCAAAGCGCGCCAGGAUGAUGAACGCCUACGAUUCUCACCAUCGUCUUCAUCAUCAUCAUGCUCAUGCUCUUCCUCAUGCUCAUGCUCAUCCACAUCAACAGAUCCUUCAGCAACAACACGAGCAAUACUUUCGCGGGAACAAGGAGGCGAUGAUGGAGAUGGACGUGGGGGGGAUGAGUGGGUUUGCAGCUCCUUCCGCUCGUCGUCCUCCCCCUAGUCAUCCUGGAGGGGGGGGGAGGCGGGUCUUCUCCUCCACUCUGGCAGCGACGACACGUGGCACCCAACCGGGACCAUCUCCAAUGCUUCAGAAGAGGAAGAAAGCGAAAGGGAUGGGGAACGAGCUGCUGGGGGAUGCGCCCAUGACCGGCGGGAUGGCGGGAUCUGGGCCAACGGGAAACAACACCGCGAUAGAGGUAGAGAGCGGGGAGGGUGUAGGGGGAGGAGGAGGAGGAGGAGUGGGGGCGGAGGGGGGGACAACAAGGAGGUGUUCGGCGUCGGCGAAGACAAUGGCGCCGAGGCUGCAGAUUGUCGAGGAGGAAAUCGAUGAGGAAGAUAACCCUGGCAAGGGGUUUGAACCAGCGGACGAAUGGUUACGUCUGCCUGCUCUCACCCCGGUUCUGGCGGAGGGAAUGGUGAGGAAUGCCCGUCGUCGAUUUCGAGAGGGGGAAGGCGCAGGUAGUAGGAGUUGCAGCGGCGCUUCGCAGGGUCUGUCAGAUGCCUCGAGAGAGAGGUCUUCUGGUGGAGGAGGAGGAGGAGGAGGAGGAGGAGGAGGAGGGAGUUGUCUGCCCAGGGCAAAGAGUAGUAACCGACAUGGCGUAGGCGGCAGUGGGGGUGGGGCUGCUUGUGGGACAAUCCCAUCUUGGACGUAUUCUCCCGCCGCAGCUAUGGUGGCCCCGCCUCAACAGUGCGGCAGUGCGGGUGGGGCUCCGGCUUCGCUUCAGCAUGCGCGGGCAUUCCGUCCUUGUGGGGUGUUCCCAUCAUCUCAAGGCGGAACGUCAGAAGAGCUGAGUGGAGACUUCGCGUUGAAUGCUCCCCUGUCUCCAACUUCUUCAUGUUCGUCGACAGAGCGGUACGAGAGAGCGCUAGCAGCAGUGGGCGUGUGCAUGGAAGACGACGCGGAUGCCAACGACAUGGACUGUGCGACCAGUGAGUAUUGUCUACCUGCAGGGCACAAGGGUGUGCACGUGAUUCCCGAGUCUUGUCUGCUGCGGAUAUUUGCGAAGCUGCCUCCCACAAGCUUGGUUGCUGCGAGUGGGGCGUGCCGAAGAUGGCGGCAGACCUCAUUGCGAGUUUGGGCAGCCGUGAGGGAAAUGCGGUUGGUUCUCCGCGGAUCGUCAAGUGUGUCACUUGUUGUAGAGGAUGCAAGGCAGACACGAGCAACUCCGAGGGAGUAUGUGCCGUUCAUGCUGCAACAUUGCCCGGACCUCCAGAGUCUAUCACUGGUAAUUGGAAGCCGCAUUGACGAUUCCCUACUUGAGAUGAUUGCGGUUUCCAGCCCGCGGCUUUCAAUGCUCCAUGUCCAAAUGAGAGAUGGGGCCGUCAACAGAAUAACUGGUGAAGGGAUUUCGCAAUUCGUGGAACAGUGUCCAUUCUUGCAAAGCUUGAGGCUGGAGGGGUGUGGUGCGGUCACGGCAGUCGACCUUAGCAGCUCAAGGUUAUCGGCUCUUUGGCUCUCAGGGUGUCAUCGCCUUGCAUACAUGAAUCUCGACUGCCCAUCACUCUCAGAGCUUGCGCUGGAUUUGCUGCACCCUUCAGCUGCGGAAAGGGCUACGUCUGCACAAAACUCUGCAUCAGAGGCGCCUGCAAGAACAAGGGAGGAAGCACUAGCACUGGCUCUGACGACAUUGAUGCGCUGCAUUGCCAAGUGCUGUAUUGGCCUUGUCAAGCUCCACGUGGCGUCUCCGUUGUUGCAGGAUACAGCUGUGCUGGCCCUCCUCAGCGGUGAUGUGAGGGAUCUGAGAGCACUGUCACUGAUCCAUGGGGAGGGCAUUACAGACGAAUCGGCAGCAGUGAUUUCAACAAAGUGCGAGAACUUGGAGCUGCUUGAUCUCAGUGGGCCGCCUCACAAGCUUCUUGCUAGUGCAGCAAUGGCCUCUCGGUCACUUAGCUAUGCUCUCCAAGGCGUGAUUAGGUAUCCCUGUAGUAAGGACAACGAGGUUUAUCACGAAAGUGGUGUGCGGCGUUGCUGGAUCAUGCAAAGUGCUGAGGAGGUCAUUUUCUCAAGCAGAAGGCACAAUGCUGUAUUCAUGCUUUGGCGCCGAUUCCACAGGGCAGAAGAUGGAAUUCAAGACGCAGCGUCACACCUGCCUAAUCUUCAGCUCCUAGACUGUGGCUUAUCGCUUGUUUCUGAAGCCCAGAGGCCUUGCAUGGUUCUGAAGGCAAAGAGCUCCGAUGAGAGCGAGGACAUGGUGGUGCAAGGCAGAACACGUCGGCCAGAAGAGGAUGUCACGGAGAAGAGUAGCUGCAAGCUUGGGAGUGGAGCAGAAGAGGAUACCCGAGAGAAGAGUAGCAACUGCAACAAGCUUGCCAGUGGUUCCCUCAAAUCAAGGGUUAAUUAUCAUUGGAGGAGCCCAAAACCAGUAUCGGGUGAGAGGGUGGAGACACCGUUUGAGCUUGAUACUGACGAGCCAAUGGACGAGGAAAUAGAAAGAGCCGCAUCGAUGCCAGGAACAGUGUGUUUAGGCAAUCGCCAUCUACGACAGCUCAGCCUUUGGGGAUGCACACAAGUUCAGUGGAGGCGCUUAGGUAUCAGACUCCAUGUCGGAGAUGAGAUGGUGGCAGCGCGUUUCGAGGAUCGGGCGCUUGAGGAUCCUCUUCCCCCUGGGGCAUGCAUGCAUGGGGAAGGCGGGCCACAAGCAACCAAGAGUAGGGUCGCAUGGGUUGGAGAGUGGCUGGAGAACACUGGACAUGAAAUAUCAAAAGGUCGAAAAGGGGAGGAUAUACGUGUGUGAGACAGGAGGGGUGAUGCGAUGAAGGGGAGGAAGGAGAUGGUAUAGCUGUGUGGAAAAUUUGUGUGAAAAGGGGAUGACGGAUGAGAUGGAGUGAGUCAGCAAAGUUGCAGCGGCGAAACGAGUACAUUAUUAUUUUAGUUUACUCUUUUUCAAAAGUUUUUUUUAAUAUGUUUCUGAGUUAGAUGGAAGAUUGCUUCUUUUCUCUUGGUUAUGCAGGAAGGAAUGGUAGGUAGGAAGAUAGGUAGUUCCCUUAUGGGCCUUGCCAGUUUUUCUCAAGACUUACAGUGUCCCCUCAAUGCUUGCACAUCGAGAGUGUUAGAGCCAUCAAUCGAGCACUGGAACAGGCGGCGAUAGAUAUAGAGACGGGCCAGAGUAAGAAGAAGAGUCGGGCUGCAGUGUGCGCAGAAUAGGGAGCAGGUAGUCGAACGGGCAUUCGUUAUUCGUUAUUAACAUCAGCGUUGUACCACUGAUGGCUCUCUCAGCAGUACCAAACCCACAUAUCAGUCGGCGAAACUCCGAUGAGAAGGUCUGUGAAAGGCCGCCCCGCCACCCCCAUGUUUCUGUCCUUUUCUCCCUUUCUGACUACGGUUCACCGGGCAGCUCUCUGUGACUAUGAACCGAGCAGCUCUCUGUGACUAUAGAGGUGCACCAGGCAGCUGUCUGUGACGAUGAACCGAGCCGCUCUCUGUGACUAUAUACAUGCGCUUAGUCUUACUCAGGUUAGCUUUCUGGUUGUGAGUGUUGAGUGCCGAGUAGCAGUAUUCGGUCUACGUUUGCAAAAAGAGGCUGCGCAGGCAACGGGCAAAGCAGUGUCUGCAGUCAGCGAGUGCGGGACUGUGGGACACGCAGGACAAGACCGUCAUAUCAAUAAGCAAGGACCCGAGCUGCGCCCGCCGACCCGCGCUGAGAACCAGGAAGAUCGGAGUGGGAAUCGGAAUUGGAACUUGCUGGUUCGAACAAGAAUCUAGUUAUCAAGCUAUCCUCUUUCGGUCCAACCCUUGUUAUCGAGCCAGGCUCGGAGGCGCAAGCCUUCCGUUGAUACGCUUGGUUUGACCAAGCGACUUUCCAUGCGCAUGGUUUGACUUUUCAGCCGAGCACGGAGGCGCGAUCCAAGUGCUUUUCCAUGUGCCGCUUCGGCAACCCUACCCUUGCUCGACGGCUCGGCUGAAAGCAAACCUUGGUCCAAAGCGGCCAGCGGCUUUCGUAUAAAGCUAAGAAACCUCGGUACGGAGCAGGACCCUCUUUGCGAAGCCGGACCUCAUCACGGAGGACCUUCAUGUUCCAUUGGACUCGGCUUCAGAAUGCCGAUCCUGUUGCCGAGAGGAACCACGGUAUGAUACGGGGGCGCGGGGUUACAGAAUAGCAUACACAGACAUGAGUCAUCGGCGAUAAUCUUGUAGAGAGAAGCGGGAGACGUGGAUGACUGCUCAGUGUGCGAGCAACUGACGAAUCCUUUGUGCGUAUCGACUUGUGUCGGGGUCAGAAAGCCCGAGGAGGAAACCAUCGUCAUAUGAUCAUGCUGGAGCAGGGUUGCUGAGGCAAUCCCCGCACCUCGGUGAGCGAUCCACGUAAUGCACAGAUAACCGCAUGGAGUACAGGGCAGUGCUGAAUGCGGGCGGUCGUUGUGAGCUUGUGAGGCAUGCUUCGCGGUCAAAGUCAGCUGUUGACUGUUCAGGCCGUAGGUGAGCGGAGCGAGUGGUAUGGAGGCCAGAAAGCCCACGGAUACUCUGUAUUGAAGAGAGACCAUAAAGUGAAUUGACCAAUUGUACCUUAUUGGUAGGUCCAGAGCUGAGGUAAGCGGAAAAAAAACACCUCGUGGUCGGGGUUGUCAUGCAUCUGCUGACGGUCAUUUCAUUGUACGGCACGUGUGCGUUGUGGAUAUUCAGCGUGCUAUAUUCUUUUACUCUUCUCAAAGAAUAAAAGGUGUAAGAGAAA